GCUCGAGCCUGGCACACUCAGUGUGGAAGAGCCAGGGAGCUCCAGCUGGUGCCCCUGAUGAGCACUGAGGGGUGAGGCUGUCCUCCCUCCUCCGCGGCUAAGGCCAUGGGCGGGCGUUGUCUGACUCCAUCUUCCCCGUCGGGGGCCAUAGGCUGGUGAGACAGGUGGAACCUGGUCAUGACUUUUCCAGCGAGGGAAGCUCUAGGACCUCAGAACUCACCAAGGAUUUGUUUGGGGGCGACCAGAGCAGAAGCAGCUUGGGGAACCUGCCACUAAGCGGGGCUGUACUCAUCCAAGAACAGACACCAUCUAUACAUAGUUGGGCCACAGGGGUUACUGUUUGCAGCAGUAGGUUGAGGGCUGCUUGUGCAAGCUGAUCCUCUGCCCAGAAGUGGUGACACGUGCCAAAGGCCACUGCCACAUCACUUCCUUCCCUGAAAGCCCGAGUGAGAACAUAUGCGUGUGUCUCUGUGUGCCGUAGAAGAACUAUGACAGAUGUGAGACUUCUUCCUGUGGUCAGACAUUGUUCCCUUGAAGCUGCCAGGGGAUUCCCAGCCCAAGGAAUAUCCUCAUGUCCGCCCUGUCAUCCAUGAGUCCUGCCUGGGCCUGCCAACACGAGUGGUGGGUGGAUGGGAAGAGGGUCAGGCCCAGGUGAGUAUGCAUUCUGAGAAGGGGUUCCGGACAGUCCUCAGCUCUGGUCCUAGGAGUUUCGAAGGAAGUGGGAGGGCAAACGUGGGCCUUCCACGCUGGGUUCCUAGGGAAUGUGGCCUUUCAAGUACAGCAAGAACCAAGCAGGAUCUUGUCAUCCAUUCUGAAUAAAACUCCGUGAGCUGGGUUGGAAAGCUGAACAUCCAUCUUGCUUUUCUUCUUGCCACCUCUUUCCCCGCAGUCCCUGGGGUUGCCUGGCCUUUGCUGCCUUUUGCUCUUCCCAUUUGAGAGCUGGGGCCUGGGGUGGUUGGCCCUGCCCAACUUCCCUGAGCAAGGUGGAAUGCUGGGCUUUUGUCCUAUAGCAGAAGGGGUCCUGGGCCAUCACUGGGUGACUGUCCUCACCACCUGAGAUCAGCGCCCUGCCACCACCACCCCUCUCAUGGGUCACUCUCAACUUUGGCAUCUGUUACCCAGCUAUGGCUUCCCAGGUCCCCUGUCGCUCAUGCCAGUGAGCCCACCAUCAGAGAGUGGAAUGGGGACAGGAAUCAUCCUUUCACUUUUGUCCUCCCUACCUCCACAUCAGGCCCAUGUGAGAACCGAGGCCAGGCUGUCCACGGCUGUCUCUUCGUACUUCAACAGUCCUGAGUCUCAUGGCCUCCCAGCAGCCUGGCUCUGGCCUUGGUUACACUCACAGGUAGAGAGUCCUGUCUCCUCUCCCUUGCAUCCCCACCCCCUCCCCCAAAGGAUGAUGUCUCAGAAGUCCCAGGCAGCCUUGCCUCCUGACCUAACUGCUGGAGACACUGGUAUUCCUAGGGGGGAGUUUAUCUGUGUCUUACAGCCCAGAAGCUCCUGGUGGGGGAGGAACUGAAAAGAUGAAGAUGUCAGCUAGAGCCCUGGAGAAGAGGAGCUGACUUUUAGUCUCCCACGUCUAAAUUGGGAAUGAGUCCAAUUUUUCCACAGACAUACACACAAAACCCUUGGGGUUGCAGCAGUGUUCCUGACACAUCUUCCAAACCUAAUUCCACCUCCUGGCCUCCCUGGCUCUGUCCCCAGCAUCCUAUCCUCCUGAUCCCAGACGCUCAGGUCUGGCCUUCACACUUGCUCUGUGGAUCACCAGUCCUGGUCUUUCUGCCUCCGCGGACCCUGACAGUGAGCGCCUCACCCGUCUCACCACAGCCCCAGGUGCAUUUGACGUUGUUUAUGUAGCUCUGUUGUUCCAGCCAGUGCUGGGUACGCCCACUCUUCCCUGGGAAGCGUCCUCUCCUCCCCUCAGGGCCAGAGCUUCAGCUUGUGUUGCAAGUGCUCAACUUGUCUGAGAGGUUCCUGGUGACAAGGUCUAGAGGUGCUCUCAGUGUAGCUCCCGUGAUGUGGCUCACAUGGGACCAGACGCAGCUGAUCUGAGCCGUGGAGCUCCGAAAAGGGGGGGUUCCAGAAAGGAGGGCUCUUCAGGGCUUCUUGAGAGCCAGGUAGGGGAAAUAAGAUCUGUAGCUCUGGCCAAGGGGCUGGGAUGACGGAAGUGAGAAGGGUUCAUGAGAGUGAUGGGUGGGUGUUGGGUUGGUGGUUGGAGAGAGUGGGGAGCCUGAGAAAGGCCAGGAUGUGGGUGGGCUGGUGUGACAUUGAGUCUGAAAUGGUCAGAGUGGUCCAACUUGGGGUCCCCAGUGACUAGGAGAGUUGUCCCCUUGAAUAUGGUGUGACUGAAGGAAGAAGCAAGAGGCCUGUUCACGUAGAAGAGCAGAGGUGGACACCAAAGUCGUGACCGUUGGCUGGGACGGAAGAAUUCAUGUGUGAGAGACACUCUCAUUAGUUCAUGUCCUGUGUGCCCCUGGGAGGGUGGGGCUGAGGAUGGUUAAAGACCCCAGGCUGAUACCUGGAGAGUUAGGGGGCCUGGGAGUUAGCAAGGAGAUUCCUGGCCACUAUGAACUCCGGCUCAGGAGGAGGUGCAGUGUGCAGGAACUGUAAGGACUGGGCCCAGACUGCUGUCAUGUAUGUGUGCCUUCUCUUGGCCAGAGCCUGCUCUAGAUUCCCUGAUUAAAUAAAAGUGAAAGUGAAAUUGAAGGGAGAGGGCAGUGCUUUCCCAGAAGGAUUUCACUGUAUAUCCUGCCCCUUCCCAGAACCAGCUCUGGCUGUGGAGAGAGCUUUACCUCCCUUUGUGAGUAGGUAAGUCCCUGGUCCCCUUUGGGCCUUAGUUUCCAUCCCUAUAAUGAAGGGGUUAGGUUGGACUAUAAACCAGUAUAAUGAUGUAAUAAGAGCUAGGGUGGGAAUUCCCCUGGCUUUGUUUCUAGGGGCUGGAAGAGCUCCAGCCUGCACGUGAUGCCGGUCCUCCAGGAGUUGUCAGUUGGAACAGGUGGACAGGACAGAGUAAAUGGCAGUGCCUGGCAGCCCCCUGAAAUAUCAGAUGUAGGGCGGGGCUGUGGAGUCCACAGGAAGAAGGCCACACGUAUGCAUGGGAUCUAAAUAAUAAGCCCUUCAAGACGUGGGAGAAGCAGUUUUUCACCGUCUCCUCCCCCGCCUCCCCAGAGAGGAGGAAGUUGUCACAGAUAUAUAGAGCCAGGCACGCCAGCUCCUGACACACACACCAUGACCAUGAGACAGAACUGGAUUCCAGACUCCAGCCCUCUUUGGGCCCUGCUCCUCUGUGCCCACAUCAUCUCCCACCUGGCCAGAGCCACACCUGUGCCUCAGGCCACCACCGCUGCCACUGCCUCAGCUGGGAUCGAAAAGGACUCCUUCUUCUCCCGGCUCCCAGCACUCCCAACAGCUAAGCAGUGCCCAGCAUUGGAGGUGACCUGGCCAGAAGUGGAAGUCUCACUGAAUGGAACGCUGACCUUGUCCUGUACCGCCUGCAGCCGCUUUCCCCACUUCAGCAUCCUCUACUGGCUGGGCAACGGCUCCUUCAUCGAGCACCUCCCAGGCCGGCUGCGGGAGGGCAGCACCAGGCGGGAGCACAGGGGCACGAGGACCCAGCUGUGGAGCGCCUUGGUGCUGGAGGAGCUGAGCCCCACCCUACGAGACACAAACUUCUCCUGUGUUUUCUCGGAUCCUGGGCAGACUGCCCAGCGUCACCUCGUCCUGGCCCAGCUCUGGGCUGCUGGGCUGAAGACAAGCGUGCCUGCCCACACGAGAAGGCCCGCUCCCCAGCAAGACUCCUCUGCUUCACCAUGCCGAUAGUGAACCCCAGGCUCCGAAGCCUGCUUGAGACGCCACCUCUCCAUUGAGGUCUGUGCACUCUCAGCCCAGGACACACUCUGCAUCGACUUCACGUUGUAUUUGUUUCCUUUGAUGGACUGUCCCAGGGAAGUGAUGUGAGCAGAGGCUGCUUCUGACCCACAGCUGUAUCGCUGUCACCCCAGCAAGGCCCACGAUGGGCUCUCAUAAAUGAUCUCCAAUGGUGGUGUGCUGAUGUCUGCCC